GGUCAGUUUGUUGGCGAUAAGAUCCAAGGGUGAGACACAGUGACAGUGCGCCAGAGCAAAGUGAAGAGGGGCUGCUCUUAUUUGUCCGUCUUUUUUUCCUAAAGGUCCCCUCUCAGGACAACUAUGCUUCACCUGACAACAGGACGUGUGGGGUGCUUGCUUUCCAAGCAAGCGGUGGUGGCACUGACAAGCAGUGGUGCAAGGAUGUCAAGCCAUGGCCACCACGAGGUGUCCGACUCAGUGGACAUGUCACAGCCAAUGUACUGGGAUCGUCUGGACACCCCUCUGCCAGACAGACCAUGGAAGGAUGUCCUCGAUUCUACGGAUAAGAGCCUGAAACAGAAGGAGAAGGGUCCCUGGACUGCGCUGUCCAAGGAGGAGAAAAUCGCCUUGUACAGGCUGAAGUUCAACCACACCUAUCCGGAGAUGAAGAGGCCGUCCCAUGAGUGGAAGACUGUGAUUGGUGGGAUGUUCAUCUUCUUUGGCAUCACUGGUCUGGUGGUCUUUUGGCAGGGCCACUAUGUGUACCCACCCCAACCUCAUACCUUUGGUGAGGAGUGGCAGGCUAAGCAGAUCCAGAGGAUGCUGGAUAUGCGGAUCAACCCAAUCGAGGGCUUCUCUGCCCAGUGGGACUACAAGAACAAACAAUGGAAGUAAAGGAAGGGAAUAGACCACUGCCGGAAGGAGGAAUGGUUCGACUUGACACCUUGAGCCUCUGUUCAGCCACCAUAACAGCAAUCCAGCCAUCUGAAUCCAUUCCCUUACUAUUUAAUAAAUAACUAAAAACUG